AUGGCGACGGUGUCCCCUCUCGCCAAAUACAAGCUUGUUUUCUUGGGCGACCAAUCCGUUGGGAAAACCAGCAUCAUCACCCGCUUCAUGUACGAUAAAUUUGACACCACCUACCAGGCAACUAUUGGUAUUGACUUUUUGUCAAAAACAAUGUACUUGGAAGAUAGAACUGUUCGCUUGCAGCUAUGGGAUACUGCAGGGCAAGAAAGAUUUAGAAGUCUCAUUCCAAGCUACAUAAGAGAUUCUUCUGUUGCAGUUAUAGUAUAUGAUGUUGCUAACAGGCAAUCAUUUCUGAACACUAACAGAUGGGUUGAGGAGGUUCGUACAGAACGUGGCAGUGAUGUUAUCAUUGUCUUGGUUGGAAACAAAACUGAUCUUGUCGAUAAAAGGCAAGUUUCGAUAGAGGAAGGAGAUGCAAAGUCCCGUGAGUUUGGAAUCAUGUUCAUAGAAACCAGUGCAAAAGCAGGCUUCAAUAUCAAGCCUUUGUUUCGUAAGAUUGCUGCUGCCUUGCCAGGGAUGGAAACUCUUUCUUCUACAAAGCAGGAAGACAUGGUCGAUUUCACUGAAUAUAAUUCUGGGAUUGGCUGCUUAAAUGGAUUAAUGAUGGUGCUGGAGGAAGCGUGCUUUCAUAGCAAUGAUCCUUCAGUUUUUGGGUGGGGAGACAAAUUGCAGCAAGGAACAUAUAACCCUCCAUCUGGCCCUUUUUCCUUUUUGGUGGCAUCAGUGGUACUCUCCAAAGCUGAAUUGCUUGGUUUGUAG